AUGCACAACCUUCCGGAUGCUGACACGGUUCAGGUCGGCAUCAACUUGGGAGAUCCCGUCUUUCGAGGAGUUUACCAUGGAAAGCAAGCGCAUGAAGACGAUCUGGACGAUGUUGUCCAGAGAGCACUCGACGUCGGUGUCCAAAAGCUGAUGAUCACUGGUUCAAACCUAAUAGAGUCCCAUCACGCUGUAGACCUCGCGAAGAAAUAUCCUGGCGUCUGCUAUGCGACAGUCGGCGUCCACCCAUGCUCAACCCAAGACUUCGACAACUACAACGGCGGGCCCGACGCGCUGAUCAAAGAGUUGCGGGACGUCGCUCUUGAAGCGAAGGAGACAGGCCACGCGGUGGCAUUCGGCGAAAUCGGGCUCGACUACGAUCGGUUAUUUCUCUCACCCAAGGAUGUGCAGCUCAAGUACUUCGAGCUCCAGCUCUCCUUGGCCGAGGAAUUGCAAAUGCCGUUGUUUCUACACUCGAGAGCAUGCAGUGAAGACUUUGAAAGACUCAUCGGUGAGCGCUUGGACAAGUUCCCCAAACGAGGACUGGUACACAGCUUCACCGGUACAGUGCCGGAGAUGGAGUCUCUGUGCCGGCUCGGGUUCGAUAUUGGAAUCAACGGUUGCAGCAUGAAGACGGAAGAGAAUCUGGAGGCGGUGAAGGCUGUCCCACUUGACCGACUUCAGAUUGAGACCGAUGGGCCGUGGUGCGAGAUCCGGGCGUCCCACGCCUCUUCUCAACACCUCAAGGACGGACCUGCCGUGCCGAAAGCAGUCAAGAAGGAGAAAUGGCAGAAAGGAAUGAUGGUCAAAGGCAGAAACGAGCCCGCGACCAUCGUCCAGGUGGCUCACGUGAUCGCGCGAGUCAAGGGCAUCUCAGUCGAGGAGGUCUGUGCAGCAGCAUGGAAGAAUUCGACCGAUAUGUUUGGCUUGGGAGCCGCGGGAGUGUGA